AAACGCAACGUCUGCGCGCUGUUCCAUCGAUCAACUGCCGUGAAGAGAUGGGUUCUCUGGCCAGUACUGCUUGAGAAGGGUUAUUUAAGACAUACUUUUUUGGAGAAAAAACUGCCAAAAUGCUAAUCAACAGCUCUAUCAGGAAUCUAACACUGGAGGACGUUGUUUUCCUAAUUAACAACUCGUCUGGGAACGGAACGUACAACGAGUCUCACGGCAGCGCUAUCCUCAUCUCCUUCAUUUACUCGGUUGUCUGUUUGGUCGGACUGUGCGGGAACUCUAUGGUUAUCUAUGUCAUUUUCAGAUAUGCCAAAAUGAAAACGGCAACAAAUAUUUACAUUCUGAAUUUGGCCAUCGCGGACGAGUUACUUAUGCUGAGUGUCCCCUUCUUGGUGACAUCUUCACUCCUUCAUCACUGGCCUUUCGGCUCCCUUCUCUGCCGACUUGUUCUAAGUGUUGAUGCUAUUAAUAUGUUUACGAGUAUUUACUGCCUAACUGUACUUAGCAUAGACCGAUAUAUUGCGGUUGUGCACCCCAUCAAAGCCUCCCGGUACCGGAGGCCCACAAUAGCUAAAAUAGUCAACUUUGGGGUUUGGAUGUUUUCUAUCCUGGUCAUUUUACCCAUUAUUAUAUUUUCCACGACCGUUCCAAACUUAGACGGUUCGCUCGCUUGCAACAUUCAGAUGCCAGAGCCAGUGAACCAGUGGAUGGCUGUGUUUGUGAUUUAUGCCUUUCUCAUGGGCUUUCUGUUCCCAGUCAUUGCUAUCUGUAUGUGUUACAUCCUCAUCAUCGCCAAGAUGAGAGUGGUGGCAAUGAAGGCAGGCUGGCAGCAGCGUAAGAAAUCGGAGAGAAAGAUCACUCUGAUGGUGUUGAUGGUGGUGACCGUGUUUGUCAUCUGUUGGAUGCCCUUUCACAUUGUACAGCUCGUUAAUGUCUUUGUGGAGCACCAUAACGCGACAUUCAUGCAACUCGCAGUGAUUUUGGGGUACGCAAACAGCUGCGCCAACCCUAUACUGUAUGGAUUUUUAUCAGACAAUUUCAAACGUUCGUUCCAAAGAAUUUUGUGCCUGCGGUGGAUGGACAAUGCGACGGAGGAACCAAUAGAUUACCAUGCCACGGCUCUGAAAAGUCGUGGUUACAGUGCGGAUGAAUUUCAACCAGACAACAUGGAAUGUGACAGCACUUAUAGAAAUGGAAUCUGCACUUCGAGGACAACGACACUGUAACCUAGCAUAUGGACAUAAAGUGAUGAAACGAUAUGAACAAAAUCAUAAAUGUGACCGCUGAGUGUUGUGCUCAGAAGGCCUACUAGGCUAUUACUUCGGUAUUUAUUCGUUUUGUUUACUUGGAACUAUUUAUAUGAACUGAAUUAAAAGGUUGGCUAAUCAGAAUGUCUUAUUAUUGUUUGAAUCAUUGCAAUAUGGAUUCAGGUGGCACUGUGCGUAAAAGUCCUCCAAUUAUGACAAGUAGCCUGCAGAGCAGAAACUGCCGGUGUGCAGUGCCGUGUAGAUACUAUUUCCACUGUGUGAACCAGAGUGUGGACUCGAGUCACAAGACUUGGACUCGAGUCUGACUUGAGUCACACAUUUGAUCACCUGAGACUCGACUUGAUAGAAAAUAAAAUAACUUGAGACUUGACUCGAAACGCACACUCGGCACUCUCUCUGAUUGGACCAAUCAGCACACUGUCAAUCAGCACAGGUCAGAUGAGCUAGCGCAGUGAGAAGAUUUUCGGGGGUCGCUAGUGCGAAAGCUGAAUGGGAAAAUAUGUAUAUUUUUUCAUACAUAUUUUAAUAGGCUACAUGUAGCCUGCCAUUUUA